ACUGCGACACCCUUCGCCGGAGGGUCGGGCGCGACGGCAGCGGUGGUCCGCGGAAAAUCACAAUCCGACGCGUGUCGCAGAGCGGCUCUCCUCGUACCUUACUUCCGUUCCUCCGACACCCGCGGAAAUAAAUGUACAACGCGGCCGGAUAUAAUAAUAUUAUUAAAAUCUUUAAAUUAAUAAUAUUAUUAAAAUACCAAAAUUUUUAUUUUAAUUGAAAAACUGCGAAAUACACGCAGGAGAGGCAUCAAGGAACCCGGACUGACUUAAGGGGCGGCGAUUAUCUUGUAUUUCUGUUAAAAGAGUGUGUUAAAAAAAAUACGUAAAGGAGAUUUUGUUUAACUGUGCGAGGUGCGCUCUCGCGGAAUCGCGCGAUUUAAUGAUCGGUAAAUGUCGACGGUGGUAAACGUUAAACAACGAACUGUGGUUCCAAGCAUGAGCCCCGCUGAAACCGAAGCUCCGCUGUUCUCUCGGGAAGACUAGGGCUCGAUAUCCGUCGAAGGCCGGUAUAGAUCGAUAUGCCGACGAUUGAUCGCGACGAGUCGCUGUAAGGUAGCGAGCCGUGAGUAAGGUAGUGAGUCGUGACGCGUUACGCCGCGUGGCACGUGCGUGACGUUUCGACGACUGUCGCGGCGGGACCAACGGCCCAAGGUCGUAGUGGCCGCUGGCGGUGAGAGCAAGGUCGUCGGGGUCGCGAGAAUCGCGAGCGGAGAAUGUGGAGGAAGGACGCGACCAGGCUGGCCAGGCUGAUCGUCGUCGCCACGCUCAUUUCCCUGACCGUUGACGGGACCGCCGCCGGCAGCUGCAGCUCCGCGAAGCUCUGUUGCCAGGGCAGGGACUCGGGCUGCGUCAUUCAGAAGGAGUCGCCGAACGCGAUUAUCGAGAGCCCGCGCGACAAGCCGUGCUACUGCGACCACGCGUGCCUCAAGCUCGCCGAUUGCUGCGACGACUUCAAGGAGACCUGCGGCGUGGUCGACUGCGCGGUGAGCGAAUGGAGCCCGUGGACCCUCUGCGAUAACGGAUGCGGAAGUGGCACUCAAAGGCGCAGCCGGGUGAUCGAGAUCUCGGAAAAGAACGGCGGAAAGCACUGUCCGCGCUUGGACCAGGUCAGGACGUGCCGCAGCUUCCAGACAUGCCACGCCGGGAUUCGCUCGCAGCCGCACGCUAAAAGUGUGACGCUUCUUGCGCUUUUUCCGGGCGACGGCAACAGUACGGAUGUAAGGAUCAAGGAUAGGAUCGUCGAUAAGAGAGACAGCUGCGUUGCUUUCACCAUUGUGCGGGUCUCGCGGGGCUGCGGCAAGACUUCGGAUUUGCUCUCGGAAGGUUCGCGGAUUUGCGUGGAGCGUCCCGGUAACGAGAGCCUGGACAAAUACGUGGGCAUCGGCAGGUGGCAGCUAUCGACCGAUAUUGCCGGUAGCGGCAAUCGGCGCGGCCGAUCGGCCAAUUCGACCUGCCACGGGAAAUGGAUCGGCGAUUCGCGGCUGGUGGAUUGUCACGAUCCGCGAUGCGUCCAAUCGAGCGAGAUGUCCCCGUACACCUCGCAACUGUUCCGAGGCCGACGUCGCAGGGGCGCGAGCGGCGAUGCCGUCGUCAGCAAUACGGAUAGAGUCACGAGAAGACGGAGGAGAGGCAGACGACGGAAGAGGAGUAGAAGAAGAAGGCGCGCUGUCGCUGUCGCGGAACGGUGAACGUUCUCCGGAGCUCUGUCACAGCUCCCGCGAGUGUCAUCGGUGUUAGAACUCCCUUUCUCCCCCUCCCCCUCCCCCUCUCCCUUUCCUCGUCCAUCAUUAUGCAGGGUGUAUCGUGGGACGUCGAGGACACUUCGGGAUCAGAUUCUUUGAUGAAGCGUCCGUUUAUUUUUUUCGUAGCGAAAAUAUCGCGGCGCGUCGAUUUGAAAUUGUAAUUAACUGAAGGCCGACGCCACUUCGCAAAUUAAGCUUCAAAGCUACAGGCAGAUGGCGAGCACGAGGGGGAGCCUGCUCUUAUUUAAGUUCAAGUGUACUUUAAUAGGAUUUUAAUUUGAGACUAUUUGAUUACCGAGGCAUUUAAUUUUAAAGAAUAAGAAAAAUGGUGUCCAAUUAAAUUCUCGCCGGAGGAAAAAUCGGCCCUGAGUUAAUCAAAGAGUCCGUUCUUAAAGUACAUGUAGACUAUAUGUAUUAUGAUAUACACCCUGUGUACUUAAUCUAAUACUACCACUCGACGAUUUCGUUAUCUCUCAUAUUUAAUUUCUCUCUGGCAUCAUUUACGCCGAUCGCCAUUCUUAUUUAUUUAGUUACCAUCGGACCUCUUUCUACGCUAAAUGUUCUCGGAGGGCUGGAGCUACGGAACAAGGAAUAAAAUCUACUCCAAUUUCUUUCGCCCUCUUUCCCCGCCCCCUCCCCUUCUACUACUUCGGCUGGACGUUACAAUCGUACGGACCCAUUGCCUAGAUUAUUCCGAUAAUUAUCAUAUCGAUUUUAUCAUUAGCGCAAGCUUGCGAAACGUCCGUCGGGAGAGGAGCGAAUAUCUUAUUCCCUUUGGAGGGAAUCGCAAGAUAAUCGAUAUCAGCGACGUUAGAAUUAUGAUUUACGCGGAGAUUGUGAAUUUAAUAAAUUGCCGGGCGGCGACGCCCGCGAGAGAUAAGAAUGCCGCGGGAACGGGUGUUGAUAAUAUACAUGUUGCAUUAAUUUAUUACUUUCCUCUAUCUCUCCCUUCUAUUCGGAUUUCGCCCAGUCUAAUAUAUUGUACGCGUUUGUCGGAUAGAUAUGAAGUAUAUAUAUUCGUAGCGAGCGGAACGAAAAGAAUUUUAUCACUAUUAUAAUCAUAAAUAAUUGUAUUUUAUUAAUAACGUGACUAUCAUAAUAUCUUCCAUAAGAUAGGGGGUUUAUAAGAUCAGAGAUAUUCCGCCUCGUAAAUUUCUUGGAUCGUUUUGUUCCGCCUAUUAUAAGUACUCUAUGUGUAUUAAAUAUCUCGACUCCGUCACUUAUUUGUAACUGGAAAAUGUUGCGCUGUCGAAGGAAACAAAUAUUUUUCUCAGUUUAGAUUCCAUAGCUGCGUAAUAACAUUCGGUCACUUUGCGAUGUCCUGUAUAUCUUGAAAAUAAUUUUCGAUGUUCCUAAGUGUAUAUAUUAUCCAACUUAUUACACAUCGUACGGUAUAAUAAAAUUUCCGUACAAUCCCGUUUUAGUUUUUAGUAUUUGCGGCUCUAAGUGCGUGGAAUCAUUUCAUCUUCACGAGAAACAUAUCGGCGUGACGGGAGGGUAGAGGCUCUCGAAGUGAAAUGAACAAAAUGUAAAAGCACAGUCAAUAAAGAGCACUUGCAC